AUGGCGAUGAUGAAUGUUGAAAUAAUCUCAAAGGAAAUGAUUAAACCAUCAUCUCCAACACCCAAUCACCUUCGAACCCACAAACGUUCCUUCCCAGACCAACUUGCACCCACCACUUAUAUUCCUAUCAUCCUUUUUUAUCAAUCCAACAAUGCCCAUGACGGCGUCGUUGAUCAUCAUCAACUCCAAAAAUCUUGUCGCCUUAAAAAGUCCCUUCAACAAACCCUCAACCGCUUCUACCCUUUGGCUGGAACCCUCAAAGAAGACCACUCCAUCGACUGCAACGAUGAGGGGGUCGAGUUUUAUGAAGCUCGAGUUGCGUGCAAGUUAUCACAAAUUCUCCAACACUUCAACAUGGAAAUCUUGAACCAGUUUCUGCCUUUUGAACCACAUGGAACCCACGAUGUUCUCUUAGCUGUCAAAUAUAAUAUCUUUGAAUGUGGCGGAGUUGCCGUUGGUGUGUGUGUUUCGCACAGGAUAGCUGAUGGAGCAUCAGCCACAACAUUUCUUGGCGCCUGGAGCGCCACAUCCCGUGGAGAUGACGAUGUCUGUCCAAAAUUUGAUGCGGCCACGUACUUCCCACCGAAAGAUAUAUCUUGGGGGAAGGGAGACAUUGGGGUGACCAAGGAGAAGAUUGUAACAAGAAGACUGGUGUUCGACAAAUCAAGCAUAGCUGCUCUGAAAGAAAAUGCUUCCUCAACGCGCGUUUUGGCGGUUUCAGCGUUCAUAUGGAAACGUCUGAUGGCGAUAUCCAAAUCCAAACCUGCACCAGCGAGAGUGCACGUAGCAAUUCAUGCGGUGAAUUUACGCCCGAGGAUGGUCCCACCCAUGCCAACGCAUUCAUUUGGGAAUCUUUGGUACUUCGCCGCGGCUGUAUUAUCACCGCACGAUCAACUUGAUGGUGGUGAUGAUCAUGUUAGUAAUCGUACUCUGGCGAUCAAACUAAGUAAGGCAAUAAAAGGAAUCGACGGUGAUUACGUGAAGAAACUACAGAGCGAUUUGAUUCCGGAUUCUCUAACAAAGGAGGUGGAGCUGUCCUCGAAGGGUGACGUGGAGUCUUAUAGGUUUACAAGUUGGUGCAGGUUUCCUCUUUAUGAAGCUGAUUUUGGGUGGGGGGAGCCCACUUGGGUGUGCUGUCCCAGUAUGCCUUUUAAGAAUCUUGUCGUCUUGACGAGUACAAGAGAUGAAGAUGGAAUUGAGGCAUUUGCGAACAUAUUAGAGGAAGACGCUGUCGUUUUUGAUCGCGAUGAAGAACUCCUUCCAUUUGUUUCUUGGAAAAUAGCUGACUACUGA